AUGUGGGAUGAUGAAGAUCAAUUUAAAACAGAAAUAUUGAAUGCCUCUACACUGAUGGAAUUUAUUCUUCUUGGCUUUUCUGGUUUUCCUCAUCUGCAGUGGGUAUUGUUUAUGAUAUUUUUGUUCAUGUAUAUAACUAUUCUGACGUGCAACAGCAUAAUAAUUCUGUUAGUAAAAACUGACCCUGCUCUCCAGACCCCUAUGUAUUUUUUUCUUAGCAACUUUUCCUUCUUGGAAAUCUGUUACGUAACAGCUACUAUCCCAAGAAUCCUUUUGGAUCUAUACACCCUAAAAGGAAACAUUUCUGUGCUUGCUUGUGCAACACAAAUGUAUUUUGUCCUUAUGUUGGGAGGCACAGAGUGCCUCUUACUGGCAGCAAUGGCCUAUGACCGCUAUGUGGCCAUCUGCAAACCUCUACAAUAUUAUCUACUCAUGAAGGACAAGGUGUGUUUGCAGCUAGUAGCUGCCUCCUGGAUCAGUGGGAUUCCAGUAGAAAUUGGGCAGACCUACCAGAUAUUCUCUUUGCACUUUUGCGCUUCUAACAAAAUUGACCACUUCUUUUGUGAUAUACCCCCACUACUCAAGCUUGCCUGCGGCGACACUUUUGUGAACACGGUAGCAGUCUAUGUUGUUGCAGUAGUGUUUGUCAUGAUUCCAUUUCUGGUGAUCAUUGUCUCCUAUGUCAAGAUUAUCUGCAACAUUAUGAAACUGUCCUCAGCCAAAGGGAUGGCCAAGGCCUUUUCCACCUGCUCGUCUCACCUGAUAGUUGUAGUCCUGUUCUAUGGAACAGCUAGCAUCACUUACUUACAACCCAAACCCAGGAAGUCAGAAGGAAUGGGGAAGCUACUGUCUUUGUUCUACACCAUUUUCAUUCCAGCUUUGAAUCCCAUCAUAUAUACUCUGAGGAACAAAGACAUCACGAUGGCCCUGAGAAAGUUGCAAAAUAAGUUACUGACAUGGUGA